CCCCUCCUCCCCCUCACCCGUAUCGAUGUGUGCGGGGGCGCGCGGGUAUCGACGUGAGGCGAAGCGGAGGUGGGGGCGCGCGUGCCCGGGCGGGGGCGUGCCCGCAGCCUGUCGGCAGCCUAUAAGCGGCCGGUGCCGGUUCGUCUCACCUGUCCUCGCGGCCACGGGCGGGUUCUGUGCUCAGCGGAGCGGCGGUGGUUCUGAUGUUCAGCGACGGGAAGAAAACACGCAGACGUUUGGAAUUUAACGCAAGUUUGGCUUAAAGUCAGUUCUUCAAACAGCGGCGUCAUGACCCGGCAGCUGCUCCUCGUGCUGAGCGUCGGGCUCGUGCUGAAGGCGGCGGAGGCGCGCGUCAGGCUCAACCCCAUCCGGACGCUGGUUCUGGGGGAGGGGCUGGCGCCGAACCGGAGCCUGUGGGAGCCGAGCCUGGUGCUGACGCUCUACCAGUGCAUGAGUGACCUGGAGUGUGAAGAAGGAAGCUACUGCCACAGCUCCACCAAAGGCCCGGCACGCUCCCACUGCCACGCCUGCCGCCGGAGGAGGAGGCGCUGCCGGCGGGACAGCAUGUGUUGCCCUGGCAACCACUGCAGCAGCGGCCUCUGCGUCCCUGACUCCGUGGUGUUUGCUCGUCAGAGGACGCUGCUCAUGGACGUGGGGGUGAGUCCUCCGUCUGAGGCGAAGCCGUGGAGGAAGAGGAAGCGGACGAACGUUAAAGCUCAGGCCGGUGAUUCCUGCCUCCGCUCCUCGGACUGUUCCGCCGGUUUAUGCUGCGCUCAGCACUUCUGGAGCCGCAUCUGUAAAGCGGUGCUGCGUGAGGGGCAGGUGUGCAGCCAGCAGCGCCGCCGGCCGAGGAGGAGGCAGCGCCUGGAGCUGUUCCAGCGCUGCUCCUGCGGGAGUGGGCUUAGCUGCCAGGCGCUCCGGGACCCCGGCACCGAGGCCUCCUCUUCAUCGCCGCCCUCCUCUUCCUCACCGCUGCUGGCGGCGGCUGCAAAGUCCAGGUUUGGGGCGUCCUCGUCGCCGCCGUCAACGUGGUCGGCGGCGAAGACCAGGCUUCACGUGUGCCAGAAAAACUAA